AUUUUUUCGAAAGCACUUUGCAAUAUUUCUCACAUCUAUAAAUGACUUUUUCAAAUAAUUUAUCAUGUUUUAUGAUUCAUCAACAAUCGCAAAUGCAAUGGAUCAUAUUGAAAUUUCUCCUGUAAAUGUUAGUCAACAACAAGGUCGCCAAAUAGAAUCACAAACACAUAUAUCUUUAUGUGUAAUAUGCAAACAGCCAGUUCAAAUUCUUCAAAAUAAUGAUCAACAGAUUUCAAUCGGCGCAAAUUGGAAAAAUAUUAAUGAAGACAAAAAAAUCGUUUGUCUUCAAUGUCAGAAAUUUUAUAAUGAAUCUAUCGAAUUGUCAAUCCAUUCAAAAUUCAAAUGUAUUUGUGACGAUAAUGUCAAUGAUGCAAAAUCUUUUGAUCAUUCAUUACAUUGUGAUUAUUGUCGUUUUAAUAGAAUAAAUCAAUUAAGAUCGAUUCUAAAAUCCGAUAAUAAUUCAUCCAAAAUCACUGUAAUAUCAGAGUCACGAUGUAGACGAAUUGAAACCAUAACCGGUGGGUAUGCAGGAAGGCAAUCAAUAAUUUAUCACACAAUAAAUAAUGAUGAUGUCAAUGAUAUCAUUGUUAAAAAACAGCCACCGAAAACCCAACAACAAACAGUGAAACAUCGAAUCAAUAAUAGCAAUAUUAAAACUAUUAAAAAAUUAAUUUUUCUUUCGUCAAAUUCCUUGUCAAUGUUUCCAUUUAUUUCUCAGACACCCGUUUCAACUCAACAAUCAAAUACACAUGAUUCACUCAAUCCGAUGAUCGUCAAUGCUCCAAAAUCUAACUCAAUUGAGCAUCAUCAACAAAUCCAACAGUCUUCUACUACACCAUUGUCAAUACAAUCACAACAAUGUUCUAAAUAUGUCAACUCAAUUCUGAAAAAAACUCAAUCUACAACUGUGAACAAUAAAAAUGGCCCGAACAAGAGCUCAAAAUUAUCUAAUCGUACGAGUAAAAAGAAUUUCGGACAGCAAAGAAAUGUUGCAAAAUAUCGUUUGUUAGCAAACAAGCCAGAAAAAAAUAAACAACCGAAUGAUCUGGCUAUUCUGGACUGUUCAAUGAAUGAUAAAUUUCAAUCAAAUCGAUUUACAAACUUUUCACUAGUUCAAAAUCCCGUGGAUCUUGAUCGAAAAUUGUCGGAAGCCUUAGCCGGCCUGGAUUCCAAUCGUAUUUCAAAGUACCGUUGUCCAUUGGAAGAAUUAUUUCAUAAUUGGACAUUUUUUAUCGAUCAUAUCAGUAUGAUUUAUUGGUCUUGUUUUGGACCGAACCAAUUACGAAUCGAAUUGUUUAUUAAGAAAUUUUGGUCAUUUAUGAAUGAUUUUCUAUGUUUAUAUCGCUGUGAUCAGAUUAAUGAUCAUGCCGUGAUUGCAUUGGUAAAAUCCAUACAGGUUGAAUCGAACAUAUCUAUCAAUCAGAUUUUACUAUUGAAUAUAUGUUGGCUUAAAUUUGGACCAUAUAGCAGCCAUCGUGAUUCAAAAUCAAGCUCACAUCCUUGGUGGAUAACAAUUAAACCAUUUUUAUCCAACAUAGAUAAUGAUACCAACAAAAAAUCGAAAUUAUUGACAGAAGCAUUAGAUAAUAUUGGUUCUAUAGCUGAUCGUUUUCAUAUAAACGAUAUUGAAUUGGCAUUAGUUUCAACAAUUCUUUUACUUAAACAUUGUGACAAUCAAUCGAUAAAAAUGAUGACAAUGAAUGAUAAUGUCGCCUGUCAUGUAUGUCAUCGCCCAAUGUUUCGUUUACAACAAUUAUUCGUGGCCAUGUUGGAAUUGUUUGUCGAUGAUCAUCAACAAUUAAAUAAUGUGAAUGAUUAUGAUUCAGCUGGAUUAUCAAAUACUGUUUCUGCUGGUCAUAGCGGCAGUACUAAUGGUAGUUUAACACAAUUAAUGUUAUUUCUGUCACCAGAAUUAGAAUAUUUUUUUGCUUUAUUAAAUGCUUGAUUUUUUAAAUAAAUGUUUGAAAUAAAAUAAAAAAUAAAAACAA